GCUGGGGUGACGUCACAAGGAGGGCGCCAUAUUGGUCCUGGCUGCGGGGAGGAAGGGCGUCGCCGUUAUAUUACCGCCGUACAGUGUUCCUCCUUCACUAGUUAACUCGAAAGUGCGCCACAAUGGAGGAGAAGACCCAGAUGAAGGAGCUGGACCAGUGGAUAGACCAGCUGAUGGAGUGCAAACAGCUGGCAGAGAAUCAGGUGAAGACACUCUGCGAAAAGGCCAAGGAGGUGCUGGCCAAGGAGAGCAACGUCCAGGAGGUGAAGUCUCCCGUCACAGUGUGCGGAGAUGUUCACGGCCAGUUCCACGACCUGAUGGAGCUCUUCAAGAUUGGUGGACGGUCCCCAGACACAAAUUAUCUCUUCAUGGGAGACUACGUUGAUAGAGGCUAUUAUUCCGUAGAAACAGUCACCUUGCUAGUUUGUUUAAAGGUUCGGUUCCGGGAGCGGAUAACCAUCCUGCGAGGCAACCACGAGUCCCGGCAAAUCACCCAAGUGUACGGGUUUUAUGACGAAUGUCUUCGAAAAUAUGGAAACGCCAACGUUUGGAAAUACUUCACAGACCUGUUUGACUACCUGCCCCUGACAGCGUUAGUAGACAGUCAAAUCUUCUGCCUGCACGGCGGCCUCUCCCCCUCCAUAGACACACUGGACCACAUCAGGGCCCUGGACAGGCUGCAGGAAGUCCCACAUGAGGGCCCCAUGUGUGACUUGCUGUGGUCUGAUCCCGAUGACCGCGGCGGCUGGGGCAUCUCCCCUCGUGGCGCCGGCUACACCUUCGGGCAGGACAUAUCUGAGACCUUCAACCACUCCAACGGCCUCACACUGGUCUCCCGAGCCCACCAGCUGGUCAUGGAGGGCUACAACUGGUGUCAUGACCGCAAUGUUGUCACAAUCUUCUCAGCUCCCAAUUACUGUUAUCGAUGUGGCAACCAGGCAGCCAUCAUGGAGCUGGACGACUCCUUGAAGUAUUCAUUCCUUCAGUUUGACCCUGCCCCGAGGAGAGGAGAGCCACAUGUCACCCGCAGGACUCCAGAUUACUUCCUGUAGACGCCCCACCAUGUCCCCUCACCAGCAACAUUGUCCCCUCAUCACCCCACUAACAUGUUACACUCUCCUACACCACACAUUUUGAAUACACCACAAGGGUAUUUUCACUUCUCUUAUUUGAUACUACUACUCUAUUCCUACUAUUACUACUACUACUUCCAUUACUACUAUUACUACUACUACUACUACUAUUACUACUCCUACUAUUACUACUACUACUAUUACUAUAACUACUACUACUACUACAAGUCAGUAAUGGUAUUUUGAAAAUUGAACUGCUUGUUUUUGUAUUUGUGUUUGAUAAUUGUGGAAGGUUGGGUUUCUGUGCAUCCACCUUCAGUUUUUAGAUUUUUUAUAUUUUUAUUAUUCUUUUUUUUUUUUAUUUAUGUAUUUAUUUAUUUUUUAUUUAUUUAUUUUUUUUUUUUUUUGAGGAAACUGCAGGCUCAGUUACCAUUACUGUACAAUUGUGAAUUGAUGACCCAGCAGCAGACAGUAGGUAGGUAGCCGUUGUCAGUCAGUCAGUCAGUCAGUUCCUGGGGAGCUGAGGAAAUCUUGGUAUCAUAGUUGACGCCCCAAAAUCUCACUCUGUCAGCUUGCAGCCUCAUGCAGGGAAGGCACAUUUAUUUAUUUAAAAAAUUUCACUUUGUUGAAGUGACAUGGUUCUAGGCUUUAGAAUCAUUUCCUACCUGCUCAUGUGUUACAAUGGAUACAAAUUUUACAAACCAUUUCUGUGAUGAAGUAAAAGGUAAAAUUUCACUGUUGUGCCAGACUCGACAGCCGCUCUGGCCGGCGAUGAAUGGAGGGUGAAGGAUGGCGCCAGCAGUGUGUGUGCCGUGGUUAACAGUUAUCCCUCGCUGGCACCACCACUGGCCUCUUGAGGAGUCGGUAUGGAGUAACAAAGACUAAGGCAGGUCAGCUGGUGGGGUUGGUUUACCCCAAGGGAGGGAGUGUUGUAUUUCUGGGAUCAAAUUUUGUCACGGCCACGGGCGGCUGCACUCGUGUCGGUGGUCCUGGUGAUGGUGGUGGUGGCGGUGGUGACCAGCGUGGAGGGAGUCAGUCGUCAGUCACAUGAGAUCUUGAGCACUGUUGCGUUUUUGUCCAGGUGAGAAGAAAGGUGUGCCUGGUUUUGUUUUCUAAGUUGCUGCCCAGGAGUGUGAUGGUUUGCUCAGUCAGGAAUGGUUUGUGUUCCACCCGAGGCGCUCCAGGCACUCAGAACCCCGGUGGACCGAGUGCCAGGGACUUGCCAGGGAUGUGUCUGUAUGGGCAGUUUGGCACGUCCAGACCGAAGACUUGUGGCUUUCCUGUGUGUGGGCCAGAAGACCAGUGUUGUGGCCCUGAACCUGACCUCCACUCACCUUGACUAGUGCUGAGCCUCUGCCUCAACUAAGCUUGCACUCUCUGAGUUUUUAAUAGUCUUUUCUAUAUAUGUGUAUAUUUUAUUCUUCACCCUGUCUUUGUCUCUUCUUGCCCUUAUGUGUAAUGAUUAUUUGCUCCAUAAUGAUGCUUUGUAGUGCUAAAGUAUGUGAUGUUGGUGGAAAGUGUGGUUUUGGACACUAUUUAUUCUAACCAUCAUAGACAAAUUUGAUAAUCUAGCAUUUAGUGAUGAUGGUUUGUGAGAAAAGGGAGGGAUGGAUGCAGGAUGCGUUAACCGUACGAGCAAUGAACCGUAGCCGUCGGCAACUUAGCAUUCAUAUCAACUUGAACUGAGGAUUCACAUAGGCAUAUACGUAUAAUAUAUUCUAUAUAUAAAUAUAUAUCAUUCUUUUGCAGUCAUUUUGAAAGUUAGUCCAAAUACUUUAGUACUAAUAUCUCCUCUAGUACCCGAGAGAGCACUCCGUUUUGUUUCAUGUUGUCGUAGUGGGAGGCUAGAUACAAGCACAGUGUCAGGGUUCUGCAUCGCUGCCGUGGAUGUAUGGCGUUGUGUUUGAGUGCUUCGUUGCUAAAUACUACUCUAUUUGUGAUCAAUACUACAUUAGAUGAGAUCAGGUGUAUGACAUGUACUACUACUCCAUUACAGGAACAGCUGACAUCUCUGUGCCCCGCUGAAACCCUCAUGUUUUGUCUCCGCUCGUUUGUUUUAUUAUUGUGACAGAGAAGUUCCAUUAUCUGUAGUUUUGUUUCGUUGAUGCUCGUCUCGUGUUAACAACCAGACUCGGCCAGGGAAUCCAAUACCAUAAUGAGCAAGUGAAUGUAUCAGCAGCAUGGUUAUGUGUGAACAGUUAAACAAAUACUUAGUUCUACUCCAAUAAAGUCAGUGACAAG